AUGGGUUUGCUCGAAUUGGGUUAUGCUUUGAAGGUGUUUGAGAAAAUGUCCGACAGAAGUAUGCUUAGGAAAAUGCUUGAUCUUCUGGUGCAUGCAUCUCAGUGUCAGUGUCGUUCCUCCCUUUGCCAGUAUCCAAACUGUCGCAAGGUGAAGGGGCUUUUCCGGCAUGGGAUGCAAUGCAGAACACGUGCCUCUGGAGGCUGUGCUGUCUGUAAGAAAAUGUGGUAUCUCCUUCAACUUCAUGCCCGAGCAUGCAAAGAAUCUAAAUGCCAUGUACCACGUUGCAGAGACUUGAAGGAACACUUGAGGCGGCUUCAACAACAUUCAGAUUCCCGGCGAAGGGCUGCUGUAAUGGAAAUGAUGAGGCAACGAGCUGCUGAGGUUGCUGGUGAGGUUGCUGAGCUGGAGCUGGCCGUGACGGAGAAGAGCUAUAGAUGUUUACGAGAGCGGAAGGGCACAGAUACUGUCCUUUCUGUAGCUCAAACUUGA